AUGGUGGAAACGCGUAUAGACGGGGAGUUAAAUGAAAUCCGCAGCCGCAAUCAAGCGCAAGACGAACGACUGUUGGCUCAAGAGGCCCGAUUCGAAAGGAUGGAAGCUAUGAUGACUUCAAUGAGCGAUGCAAUCAACCGACUAAGUACAACUGGGAAUAAUCAAGUACCACCAGAUGAAGGUCAAAAUCUCCGAGGUGAUAAUCAUCGUGAUCGCAGACGAGGCGAAGAUGUCAGACAUCGGGAAGUUCAUAACGAGGAAAGGUAUCAACCUCCAACUAGGCUGUCAAAGAUUGAUUUUCCAAGGUUUAACGGCGAAGAGGUGGAUGACUGGAUUUACGGAGUCGAGAUGUUUUUUCAAAUAGACCGAACAUCAGAAGAAUCAAAGAUGGAUUAUGCAUGUGCUCAUCUGACCGGUCGAGCGCGUUGCUGGUUUAGCUCAUAUUUACAACACCGACUUCCAGGGCGAGCUAUGACAUGGAACGAACUGAAGCAGUUAGUUUUGAAGGAAUUUGGUCCAAGCGAAUUGGAUGAUCCACUAGACAAAGGGAAGGACUUGAAGCAGACGACAACAGUUAAGGAUUUCGUGCGGCGAGGCUAUUUAGCAAACAAGGGAGGUCCAUUACUGCCAACUCCGAAGGCUGCAUCUUUCCUGAAUCGAGGAAAUAAUAAUGGACCGUAUAAUAGAACAUCGACAAACCUUGCGAGCAGUUCUAAUAGUACAGGCCAGUACAAUAGACCAACAAAUACUAUUCCAAGAAAAGUCAAUUUAGAUCAGAAAGCGUAUGACGAGAAAAAGAAAAACAACCAGUGCUUCUAUUGUGAAGAGAAAUGGGAGUAUGGUCAUAGAUGCAGGGCGGGUGCCAUUGCGAUGAUAAAUGAACUAUUCGAGGAAGAGAAUCAGGAAGAAAAAUUGGUUGAAACCGUGGACGAAUUAGAAGAUGGUGUUGCAAUGACAAUUGAAGGAUCAAAUACAUUUGAUACCAUGAAGGUGCAAGAAACGGUAGGACGAAACAACGUAUAUAUUCUGAUAGACUCAGGAAGUACGCAUAAUUUUAUUAACCCACGAGUGAUCAGGAAUACAAAAUUUGUAACGUCUCCGGCGGUUAAACUAAUGGUCACAGUAGCAAGCGGUCAUCAAUUGGUAAGUACUACCAAAUGUCUUGGAUUACAAUGGUCAGCUCAGGGAAUAGAUUUCAAUGUCGAUGCACGAGUAUUGUCCAUUCCCAAGUAUGACAUUAUACUCGGAAUAGAAUGGUUGGUGACACUUGGUGGAAUUCAGUGGGACUUCAAGAAUCUGAUAAUGAAAUUUUCAUUUAAUGGUGAACUGCGGAAGCUACACGGGGAUACAUCCAAUUUGGUUUCCAUGAUAGAAGGCAGAACAUUAGGGAAGGUUAUCCGAAAGGGCGCUAAUGUGGCUAUGCUGAGUAUUGGGGAAUCAGAAGGGUGUGAAUCGGAAUUGUAUUCCGUAAUAAUAUCUUCACCAGAGGCUGACAAGGAACAAAAAUUGGAGAAACUGUUAAUAGAGUUUGAAGAAUUAUUCAGAGAACCUACAACACUUCCACCUACUCGCAAUUAUGAUCAUCGAAAUAAUCUCAAAGAAGGAGCAGGAACCGUUAGCUUAAGGCCAUACCGAUAUCCUGCUCUUCAAAAGGAUGAAAUGGAAGGCAUGAUAGAAGAGAUGCUUAAAUCAGGAGUGAUACGCAAAAGUUUUAGUCCAUUUUCUUCACCCGUUGUGCUGGUAAAAAAGAAGGACAAAAGCUAG